AUGUUGAAAACAAGUAUAAAGUUUGUGUCAGAAAAUUUAUAUGUAUUUCUGGGUAUUAUAAUAGGUCUCUAUAUUUCCACAUUUGUUUCAACCUCGUUAGACAUAUCAUGUGAGACACCAGAUACUUACACAGUUAAUAAUAAAAUUGCUCAAAAAAUUAUUAAUGACUCCGUUAACCAUUUAGCACCAAAAGUUUUGCCUGAAAAGCCAUUAGGCGAAAAGAAGUCUAAAUUUAUUAGACCUAGAUAUUAUUCAACCGAACUGGGCAUUAGAGAAAAACUCUUUGUUGGAAUAUUUACUUCCGAAGAUAAUGUUAACAGCCAAGCCCUACAUAUCAAUAAAACUAUAGGGCACAUAGUUGAUAAAAUUAAAUUUUUUAUCACUGCUCAAUAUAAAUUAAAAACGAAGUUUAACCUUACAGGUUUAGUUGGUUUUACUGAUGCUAGAAGUAAAUAUAGACCUUUUCAAGUUAUUAAAUAUGUCGGGGACACAUUUGCUCAAGACUACGACUAUUACUUUUUUACAACAGACCAUACUUUUAUAAAUAUACAUAAACUUAAAGAUAUUGUUAGUAAAAUUAGUGUUAGCGCAGAUGUUUACUUAGGAACCAAAGUCCAUGAUGGUAGUUACUGUAACAUAGAUGCUGGUAUUCUUAUAAGUAACUCUGUACUGAAAUCAUUGAGGGAAAACUUAGAAUGGUGCAUUAUGAAUGCUGUCACAGAUGAUUAUAGUGAAAAUUUUGGUCGGUGUGUUUAUCAUAGCCUUGGGCUAACUUGCCAAUUUUCAGUUCAGGACCAAGCCAUCUUUUCACAUAAAUUGAAACAUUUUGACUUGGAUAAACACUUACAUGAGUUAAGUAAAUCACAGGAAUUCAUAAAUGCAGUCACUGUUAGACCAGUCCUGAAGGAAAAGGAAUUUUACAUAUUGAACUCCUAUUUUUUAAAACAACGUUUAGCGACAUAUCAAGGAGAUAUUGCAAAAAUAUCUUCUUCACUUAGAGACAGCUGGCCACCAGGACAAAGGUCAGGAGCUAAGCCAGCUACUAGAUUUGAUAUGCCAAGACAGUAUUAUUUUAAUAUGACUCACAUCUUCUUUCCAGAUGAUUUUGUAGUGAUCAGGGAACAUACAGAGCCGGAGCUAUUAGAUCUAAAGAAUAUUCUUGAAGAGAUAACAGCUAAAGUAGCACAACAGUACCCAAAACAAUACAAAUUUCGAAGGCUUGUUAAUGCAUAUAAAACAUUUGAUUUAAGUCGAGGUGCUGAUUAUACGUUUGAUAUAGGAUUCAGAGAUUUAGCUUCUGGAAAGGAAAUUGUAAAACGAUAUGAUGUAUGCAAACCUUUGGGAAAGGUCGAGUUUAUUUCAGCGCCUUAUGUGACAGAAAAUACUAGAGUUACAAUAAUAUUACCAAUUCAGGAAAAUGAAGCAUCCAUUGCAAUGCAUUUCUUAGAUUUAUAUAGUACCAACAUAAUGGAGAAAAAAGACAAGACAUUUUUGAUGUUAGUUUUUCUAUACCAGUAUAAAAGUAGCAGUAAAGGUUCUGAUGACAUAUUUCAAGAACUGAAAGAUUUUGUUAAUAAAGUUACAAACCGGUACAAAAAUGAUGAUGUUAAAGUCGGAUGGGUGUCUAUCAGAUUACCCGAAUAUGACACACCAAUAACCUUUGAAAAUACCAAAGCUCUAAAAUUUGCUACAGUUGACUUGGCUCUGAAAAAAAUUGGACUAAACAGUUUAACAUUAAUAUUAGAUAUCUAUACAAAUAUAACAGUAGAUUUUCUUAACAGAGUCAGAAUGAAUACAAUAGAAAAUUAUCAAGUUUUUUCAGCAAUUCCUUUUAGACAAUAUGACCCCGUGAUAUCGCAAUAUACACGAUUUGAUGUAAACAAAAUAUCAGGCCAUUUUGAUAGGGAAGAAUAUAAAUACAUAGCAUUUUAUGGAAAGGACUAUGUAGCAGCUAGAAAAAAGUUUCAGCCAAUAAUACCGUUAAUAAGGGUGGAUAAUGAUAUUUCAAAGCUUUUGAAUAAUUUUAUACGAGAAAAGGGAAAUAUUUUUGAAAUGUUUGUUCAGUAUGGCGCACAUAUCCACUGCAUGAGAGCUACAGAGAUGAACUUGAAAAUUUUGUACCAUAAUGAACCUGACGAAGAAAGAAAAAAUAAGUUUUAUGGUAAUGAUGCUCAGCUUGCUAAACUUUUACUCACCAAACAAGAGAAUAUACCAGAAUUGCAAUGAAAUUGCAAAAAAGGCUUAACUUUAAGUGUAUUAUAAUAACCUUGUGUUUGUGAUACUUAAAUUAAAUAUACAUUAGUAUAUUUAAUUUAAGAUUUUAUUAAGAAGUUUAUUAAUUGGUGCUCAGUGGCGGAUACAGAGGCCAGGGACCCCCCUAAGAUCCAUAAAUUGGGUUAAAUAUUAGGCUUUUGGGUUAAAAUUGGCACCCUAAAAAGCAUAUUCUACAUUACCUUUUAUUUGCCCCCCCCCCCUAAAAUAAAUUCCUGUAUCCGCCCCUGUUGGUGCUCUCUCUAUUUUAGAGAGUGCACCAAUUAAUAAACAAGAUGUUGAUUGUUGAUUUGUAUGUUUAUCUUGGGGUCAUUUUAAACCAUGUAUGCUGUCUCUUCUAUAUUUAAUCUAAGGUUUGUAAAUUCAAAAAUAACUUUAUCUACCUAUUUGAAUAGUUUAUUAAUAAUUUAUUGAUAAAAUCCUGAUACAAUGUAAUUUGUAUAAAAUAAAUAUUUUGAUGUAAUCUUACUGUUAAAAAAAUGGUCUAAUAUACACAUCAAAAUAAACACUAAAUCACCACAAUACACCAAAACACUUUUACUUUUACAAUGAACGCGCGUUUCGCUAACCAUGUUAGCAUCAUCAGCAGAUGAUUAAAACUGACUUUUUAAUUUUUAGAAAACUUAGUUUUAAUCUGCUGAUUGUGGUGAUUUAGUGUUUUGUUUUGCUCUGUAACACCAAAGGUUCCAACCCCAAACUAUAAUAAUAUACACAUGCCUAUUAUAGUCUGUCCAACGAGUUGGAGUAGAUUUCGACAAACGACGUGCAAAAAAUGACAGGAAUCAAUUAACUUAUUUUUAAAAUGCCAGACACAAUUGUCACUGUCACUAAUACAGAUCCCCUCAUUGAGUAGACUUAUUUAAUAAUUUAAAUAAAAAUAAAUACUGUUGCAAAAUUAAUAUUUCUCUUUAAAACAUGUAAAAUCACUUCCUAUAUAAUUUGACAGAUAUAUGAACUAAAUAAAUUAGGAAUUUAGGAAUGUCUUUAAGUUAUGCCAUUGUUAUAACUUAAUUAUUUACAAUAAACUUUAUAAAUAUUU